CUGUGUCAGGGCUGUGUCUGGAGCAAACCAGAGCCUCUGGGGCAGCGGCUCGGCUGGGAGCUCAGCAAAAAACUGACCCAACGAAGAGAAAACAAGUCAAGGAGGACUGAGGCAGAGCAGGGAGCCCAUCCUGUGCGUGGGGCAGGGCCUGAGCACUGAGCAGCAGGUUCUCCCACAGGGCUGAGCCCUCAGGCCAAGGGAGAUGAGCAUUUCCUCGGAGCACAAGCCCCUUGGGAAGCAGGUCACCGGCAGCCUGCACACGUUGUCACCCAUCGUGGAGUUAAAUGUUGGCGGGGAGAUGUACACAACAACGCUGAGCACCUUAAAGAAACAUCCUGGCUCCAAGCUGGCAGAGAUGUUCACUGGCCAGCCCAAACUCAGGACUGACUCCGAAGGGAGGUUCUUCAUCGACAGGCCGGGCACUCAUUUCAAAUACAUCUUGGAGUACCUGCGCAGUAACCAAGUGCCCACCCAGUGCAUCCAGGACGUCUACAAGGAAGCGUUGUUCUACGACAUCGAACCCUUAAUCAAGCAGCUUGAGGACUCCCCGCAGAUCUUCGGGGAGCUCGUGGCGAGGAAGCAGUUCCUGGCCCGGGUGCCCAACUACAGCGAGAACAUCGAGCUGAUGAUCCGCAUCGCGCGGGCGGAGGCCGUGGCGUCGCGCCACUCCAGCGUCAUCGUGUGCGUGGUCAGAACCGACGAGGACGCAGCCAGGUGUCAGGAUGCCCUGAACAGCUUGGACAUGGAUAAAAAAUCCGUGGUGAAGUUCGGCCCUUGGAAAGCAACGCCGAGUAUUUCCGAUCUGCUGGACUGCAUUCAAAUGGAUGUCGAGACGAAAGGGUAUAAAAUAUCCUUUCAGCCUCACGUUGCUGAGAAAGGUUUUCGCUUCAAGUCGCAUGAUUUCUUCUACAAGUUCCUGUUCACUUGGUGGUAGUGAAGUGCCACAGGCGAUAGGGAAUGGAAGAAAGCAGGAAUUGACUUGGGCCGUGGAGUCUAAGCCAUGGACUACUAGAGGGGCAGGAAGAAACACGUGGGCCAACAGAAGGAAGUCCUUUGGUCGUUUGCCAAAUUAAAGAGCACUUAAAAGCCACUGUUUACUUGGGCUUUAGGGGAUAAUUGUACAAUGUAAAAAGUGUACCUGCUUCUGCAGGGGGGUUGGACUGAAUGACCUCUAAAGGUCCCGUGAACCCCUACCAUUCUAUGAUUCUAUGAGAAGGAGUAAUGUUACGCUUUCAGUGUUGCUGACUAUUACAGAUGAGUUCAGAGAGCCAGAUCUGAGGGUUGAGCCAAGCUCACUGAACCUAAGAGAAAUGAGUAAUUCCCAAAUAUGCCUCGUGGACACGUGGGGUUGGUCUCUCAGUGAAACAAGAACAGGUCAGAUCCACACAAUUCCUAGUGGAAACACUGGCAGCUGCAUUAACACACGCUCAGGUUAAAUUUGGAUCCCUAAUAAGAAGGCAAAAGCUCUUUUUCCCACUGUUUUCUACACCAGACCCUAGGUUAAAAAGGGUUUCAGCAUCCUCUGGUCUCCUCUUACACAGCCUGCUCUCUGACCAAUGUAUGUAUUACUGUUAUUUAUUCUGAAGGAAAGACAGAGAACUUCAGCUAUGGUCCAGGAUCAACAGAAGUGAAAAACAACAGUGCUGAACUGAGAUGUUUAUAAUCUAAGGAGACACUCUCCUUUCUCAGGCCACACUACUUUAACCUUUUUCCUAUGACAUUCAUUAUUACUACAAAUACCAUUUCUAAAUCUAUAAGCUCCUUCGGAAGAACAGGGAAAACCCACCGUGGUUGGAUGGGAAGAAAGUGGCACUGAAGUGAAAGUCUGGGACCUCGGUGCAAGUUCUCCUUUACAGACCACAAGCUGGGUCUUACAUUGUGUUUUAAAAAUCUGAGUGUUUGAAAGUUUAUUUUUAUACUGGGGAUGGCUGUUAGCUGGGUUUAAUCACUCUCAAAUUCACAGUGGCUACAUUGAUUACGAUCCUGGUUUGACCCUGGCUGGGUGAAAAGUCCCCACCAGGUUCUCACUCCUGGUCCAGACAGGGGAGAGGAAAUACACUGAAUGGCUCAUGGGUGAAGAUAAGGAUGGGGAGAUCACUCAGCAAUUACAGUCACAGGACAAACAGACUUGACUUGGGGAAAGUAGUUUAAUUUCUUGCCAAUCAAAACAGAGAAAGGUAAUGAGAAAUAAACUCCUAAAUCUUAAAACACCUUCCCCCCACCUCUCCCUUCUUCCCAGGUCUCUACCUCCCUCCCCUCCAGUAGUGCAGGAGGAUGGGGAGUGGGAGUUACAGUAGUUCAUCACAGACUGUCUCUGCUGCUGCUUCCUCUCGUAAGGAGGACUCCUCACACUUCCCCUGCUCCAGUGUGGGGUUCCCUGCCAUGAGAGACAGUCCUCCAAGAACUUCUCCAACUUGGAUCCUUCCCACAGGAUGCAGUCCUUCAGGAACAGAGUGGGCUGUGGGCUCCUCCCUCCAUAAGGCCACAGGUCCUGCCAGGAGCUGCUCCAGUGUACCCUUCCCACAGGAUCCCAGCCUCCUUCAGGAUCCUCAUCCUCCGGCUCCAGUCCUGGAUCUCUGCUCCCUCAUAGCCUCCAUGGCUGUAGGGGCACACCAUGGGCUGCACCACAGGCUGCAGAGGUGUGCUCUGGGCCUGGAGCACCACCUCCCCUCCUUCUGCACUGACCUUGGAGUCUGCAGAGACAAUGUUCUCACAUAUUCUCGCUCCUCUCUUCUACCACACCACUUUGCUCCAGCACAGUAACUUUUUUCUUUCCCAGAGGUGUUACCACCACAACUGAUGGGCUCAGUUUUGGCCAGUGGCGGGUCCAUCUUGGAGCCAGCUGGCAUUGGCUCUGUCUGACAGGGGGGAAACUUUUAGCAACUUCUCACAGAAGCCAUCCCUGUAGACUCAGCUCUACCAAAGCCUUGCAACACAAACCCACUACAGAUCCUAUUCCCUUUAUUACUCAGAAAAUGGAUUUCUUCCAGUUAAGGACAAUAACC